UUUUGUCCCUCACUUACUGAACGAGUUGUUAUUGUCACGUGCCAGUGUUUGUGCAAAUUGAAGGACAUUUAUAAUCUGACGUUGUAUCUACGUCAGUCCACGAGCCUCCACAAUUUUUAUUAUUCGCGAAUUAACUAUCAUAGCAUCGAGGUGAAAUUGUGAAUUAUCAGAAUUUUUAUGGUUAAGAGUGGUAGUGAACUAAAUAUAGUGAUUCCUUAUUACACGUUUUGCAAUAUUGUUUAUUGUUACGUCAGGGUAAGACAGUUGAAGUGAUUCGAAAAUAACAAUCAAAAUAACUGGAUUUCUAAUUUGUGAACAGUACUAGAAAAACAAAAAUAUUGGAUAUUGUCAAGUCAUGAUAAACCAGCACAGCAUGGUAGACUAAAAUUGAAUAACCGUAGGACAUCCAGUGUUGUGAACAUUUAUAUAAUCAAUUUUUGUGUAAACUAGCUUAUUGUCAAAUUAAAAAGAGCUCUUCCACAAUGAGUGAUUUUGGCAAGGACUUCUUUUUGGAUCCUGGAAUUACGAUUAAAGAAGAACCUCUCUAUAACGAUAACACGACCAUGAAUAUGUCAGCUAGUGUCCCCAUACCUUCAAGGAGAGAUGCUGGGGACUAUCGAGACUUCGGCUUAGAUUUUGAGAAUUCACAGAGUCCAUUAUACUCCGAUGUAGGUUUAAACGCUCAGAUGCAAGCCCCUAACAGUAUGUUUGAUGGUGGUUCAUGGUCAUUUAACAGAUUAAUCAACAGUGACGAGAUGCUCAAGUCUGAAGCCUUCAUACACAUGGAUGAAGAUGAUAUUUUUCAAGUUGAUAAAGCUGAUCUGAUACAAGGACCCACUCUAGCUGAGUUAAAUGCUAAUGAUGAAAACUUAUUAGGUGAUUUAAAUUUCGACGAUUUGCUGCUUCCCGAAGAAAAUACAUAUAUCAUUCUGGAAAAAGGUAAUUCUCAGAAUAUGUCUCACCAUCUUAAUAAUAAUCCUCUAUCGUCUUGCCUUCCUCAAGGUCUACUAUACCACAGGGAUCUGGAGUUACCCUCAAGUGUGCCUACAGGUAAGUGACAAAAAUGUUUUUAGAAUCGACAGAUGCUUGAUUAAAAUUAAUGUUAUCGUAAAC